AUAAGACUGUAAGAUUCGCAGAUUAAGCACUCCACCCUGCACCACAUUGGUAGACGGAUUUGAUUAAUGAAUGGUCCAUCCCAGCCGCUGUCCAAAACCUUGAAACAUCUUCUUUCCAUACCAGCAGCUGCCGGCGCCGCCGCACAAUGCGAAUCACUGUUAUACCAUUGCUCCAUCACCAAGUCUUUAGGUACUACCAAGCAAGUGCAUGCCCGCACUAUCAGGAUUGGCCUCCUAGAAGAUAACUCCACACAUUUCCUUUCCCUCCUGACGGCUGCCUACGCGCUCUGUGGUCGGACUUGGAAUGCCCGCAAACUGUUCGAUGAAUUGCCUUUCAGAACCUUGCUCUCUUACAAGACCAUGAUAAGAAUGUACGCUGAAACUGGGGCUCCCCACGAUGCGCUCAAGCUCUUUGCUGAAAUGCUCCGGUCCGGUCAUCAUGUACCGGAUAGGUAUACGUUUCCGUUUGUGAUUCGGGCCUGUGGUGAUUUGUUGUUGCGUGACCUUGGGGUUGUUGUUCAUGGUCUGGCAGUGUUAAGUGGGGUUGUCCUGAAUGCAUUUAUGGGGAAUUCAUUGCUGGUGAUGUAUAUGAAUUGUGGAGAUAAAGAGGGGGCUAGGAGGGUCUUUGAUGCAAUGCAGGAGCGAACUGCGGUGUCUUGGAACAUUAUGAUUGGUGGGUAUUUCAGAAAUGGCAGUGCCAAGGAGGCAUUGAUGGUUUUCAGGAAAAUGACAGAAGCGGGAGUGGAUGCUGAUUGUGCCACUGUGCUUUCUGUAUUGCCCGUUUGUGGAUAUUUGAAAGAUGUGAAAGUGGGAAGAGAGGUUCAUUCACUGGCUGAAGAGAAAGGUUUUUGGGACCUAUUGCCUGCUAGAAAUGCACUUGUGGAUAUGUAUGUGAAAUGCAGUAGAAUGGGUGAGGCACAGUUGGUUUUUGAUAAGAUGAUAGGGAGAGAUGUGGUGACAUGGACUACUAUGGUGAAUGGGUACAUUUUGGACGGGGACAUAACCUCUGCAUUGCAGUUAUGUCGAACAAUGCAGUUUGAAGGUGUAAAGCCUAAUGCAAUAACUUUGGCUUCAUUUCUUGCAGCUUGUGCAAGUCUAUGUGAUAGUAAACUUGGUAAAUGCCUACAUGGGUGGGCUAUCAGGCAGAAACUUGACAGUGAUGCUAAUGUAGAAACUGCGCUUAUUGACAUGUAUGCAAAAUGUAACUGUUCUAAACUUAGCUUUCAGGUGUUCACCAAGACUUCAAAGAAGAGAACUGUCCCAUGGAAUGCAGUUCUCUCUGGGUGUCUUCAUAAUGAGCUUUCAGGAGAAGCAAUACUGCUUUUUAAACAAAUGCUUUCAGAAGAUGUAAAACCUAAUGAUGCAACAGUAAAGAGCAUACUUCCUGCAUAUGCCAUUGAAGCUGAUCUACAGCAGGUCAUGAGUUUACACAGCUAUCUGAUGAGAUCUGGUUUCAUUACAAGAAGAGAGGUUGCCACUGGUUUAGUUGAUAUAUACUCAAAAUGUGGGAAGUUGGAUUAUGGUCACAAAAUCUUCAAUGAGGUGCCUCAGAAGGAAAGAGAUAUUGUUUUGUGGGGUGCGAUAAUAGCUGGAUAUGGAGCGCAUGGACAUGGGGAGAUUGCAAUUUCUCUGUUUAAUCAGAUGGUUCAUUCUCAAACUGAACCUAAUGAAGUCACUUUUACUUCUGUUUUGCACGCUUGUAGCCAUGCAGGUUUAGUUGAUGAUGGGCUGAGUUUAUUCAAUUUCAUGAGGAGAUGUCACCCUGCUUAUCUUGGACCACAUCAUUAUACUUGCAUGGUUGAUCUUUUUGGUCGUGCAGGUCGACUUGAGGAAGCUUAUGACUUGAUCAAAAGUAUGCCUUUUCAACCAACUCAUGCCAUUUGGGGUGCAUUACUAGGUGCCUGUGUUAUACAUGAAAAUGUUGAACUGGGAGAGGUGGCUGCAAAAUGGCUUUUUGAGCUAGAGCCACAGAACACAGGAAAUUAUGUAUUGUUGGGAAACAUUUAUUCUGCUUUAGGAAGGUGGGAAGAUGCAGAGAAUGUGAGACGUUUGCUGAAUGAAGUAGGACUAAAAAAGUUGCCUGCUCAAAGUGCCAUUGAAGUGGGAAAUAUGCAAAGCCCGCGAUAACUUUGUUGCUAAUAGCUGCAAGUCCAAGCUUGAACAGUUCAGUGAAAACACAGCUCUUGCUUGAAGGCAAUAUCAGAUAAUAGUUUACAAUGUUCGAUAAGAGCCUUCUUAUUAGAUAGAUAAAGAAAAAUCUGACAGAGCAGUUGCCAUGUUUAUAACUCACAAUACUAACAGCUCCAGUUUGGAAGGAGACGACAAUUUGCCACUUUGCAAGCAUGGAUUUUCAGUGUGGUGCUAACGAGAGAGGCUUUUGAUGCUGGUAUAUAUUCCCAUGUGUAUUUUAAUCUGCACUGAAGACUCAAGAGUCAGUUAAUUGUCAGCAAUCUACUUCUCAUUUUGCAUUUCCAUCAACUAUUUCUUGUACUUAAGUUUCAUUGAAAUGCUUAAUUCAGCUGCCUGCAAAAAUAUGAUUAGUCCAUUUUGAUUGGUAGCAUUAUGAAUUCUCUUUUGGUAUCAAUGCAAUAGAGCUUGUUCAAA